GACGAACUUGAGAAACAAUAUUUGAAAUAAAAAUAACUUUCUUUAGACUUUCUUACUCUUAUUCAUUACAAAUUCAAAGCAACAAUCAUGGCAAAGAAAUGCGAGCAAUACACAGCCAAGAUAUUGGACCAUGGUAAAUGGGAUUCGGGUGCUAUUAAACAUUAUAAUACCAUAGAACGCAUACAGAAGCAACUACGCAAAGGCUAUUGGUCGUAUCUAAACGACCAUCCAGAAAUACGCGCUAUUAUACGCGUUAUUAUGCAUCAGGUUAUCAACGAGAAUCCCGAUAAUGUGCGUCAGUUCAUAGCCCACUUCUUCAACUGUCGCCGCACACCGCUGCUAGUGCCAAUGAUCAACACGCAGCUGAAGUAUGUGAAGGAACAAUUGAAGCGAGGACGCUGGAGCAAGUAUGAUGCAGAGACGCUGUUUCUAGAAACUCCAUCGACCCAUUCGCUGCUGUCUAAUGCAUCCACAGAUCACAAUGUGCAUCCGGUGCUUACCUAUGCGUUAGUUUUCAAAAAACCAGACGAGUGUGGCAUAGACAAACCGCCUUACUAGGACUAGUAAGCUUGGCUACCAAAUUUUUGUAUAUUAAGGAUUAAACAUUUUCAAAAUUUUCAAGUGUAUGCAAUACAGAUAUAUCUUUA